CGGUACCUUGAUAAAUUAACUAAUUGAAUACGCGAAAAAGAGAAAUUUAGGCGGAAAUGUUUCCACUUCAGUGCGGCGGCAACCCCAAGCAGCUGCUCUCUUUCGCUCUCAGUCGAACACUGACUCUGCCUCUGCAACGAUUGUCCUCUACGCUGACACGCGUUUCGAGGGAAGAAGAGAACUAUAGGGAUUCGACUAACAGAAAACACACAUUUGUUCACCCAUCUGCGAUUGUCCACCCCAGUGCCAUCCUUGGAGAGGGUGUGGUGGUUGGUCCCCUUUGUACCAUUGGUGCUUUGGUGAAGUUAGGGAAUGUUUGCCAGCUAUACCCUGGGAGCCACAUAUUUGGAAACACUAUUAUCGGGGAGAAUUGUACUUUGAUGAC